CGAAUAUAUCAUUUUCAAAGGUAGCAUAAAAUCGAAUGUUAUCUUUUAAAUCAAAAUAGUGCAGUUAAAAUGUAAUGUAUUCCAUGUUACAUUGCCAACAUUGCAUUCCAUUUGAAUAUACCUUUACGUAAACAUAAUUUUACAAUGAAUGAUUUCUUGUUAAUCAGUGUUAUUCAAAUGUACAGUUUACAUGUAUACCUGUACAAUGAAUAAUUUGGAUUUAUGCCAUCAUUUACUUGUUUACGUACAUUUACAUAAAUAUGAUAAGUGCACUAUGAUUGCUGCUACUUGCUCGGAUCUGUAAUGGCUCUUGCACGUGGCACAGAUUUCUUGACAGGAUUUUGGUUCGAUGUAUUAUUACGGAUUACAUUAGUAGGAUUGUUUAUCGAACUAGAAAAAGCAGAACCAUUUACAAGAAAAAUUCACGAGGAUGAAUUAUGGUUAUAUAAAAAUCCAAGAACAGAUUCUUACGUUCCAACAAUAAUCUUAUGGCCUCUUGUAUUUAUUCUGCCUGCCAUAGUGAUAUUUCUUGCUUUCUUAGUUUAUAAAGACAGAACUGAUUUCUAUCAAGCAGUAUUAUCUGUAACUUUAGCAUUAGGAUUCAAUGGUGUAAUUACAGAUAUUAUAAAACUUAUAGUUGGUCGUCCUAGACCAGAUUUUUUUUGGAGAUGUUUUCCUGACGGAAAAACAAAUCCAGAUUUUAAGUGUAACGGAAAUCCAAUAGUGAUAAGAGAUGGAAAAAAAUCAUUCCCCAGUGGACAUUCUUCGUUUGCAUUUGCAAGUUUUGGUUUCAUUGCGUUAUAUCUAGCUGGCAAGCUGCAUACAUUUAGCCUAGUAGGAAAAGGACAAACAUGGAGAUUAUGCGCAUUUAUUUUACCAAUUUGUAUCGCUCUUGUAAUCGCGCUCAGUAGAACGUGCGAUUAUCAUCAUCAUUGGCAAGAUGUGGUUGCAGGUUCGAUAAUAGGAUACUUUUUGGCGUACAUGUGCUAUAGACAUUAUUAUCCACCAUUAGACUCGCAAGUAUGUCACAAACCAUAUGCUGUACUUACUCUUCAAAUUCAACACGAAAACACAAAAAAUAAAAAUGACCAAGUCAAAUGGAUUUAAUAUAUUAAUAAUUUAAAUGGAUAAACGAUGGUAUUCGGAGAAUUAUAAUAGUUUGAAAUACUCGAUA